AUGGAGUGGUAUGGCUACACCCCGGGGGUGGGGACCAUUGCUGGGCCCGACCGAGAGAAGGAGAUCGCCUCCGUGUCCAGUAUUUCCGUGGGCGUGGUAAUUGUGCUUUGUGGUGUGCUCGCCGUCAGUGUGGUGGGUGGCUUGACCACGCCCAUCAUCAUCGGCUCCGUGCAAACAGCUGUUGGAGUGUUGUUCGUGGCAGCAGGUGGCUUCGGCUACAACAGGUACAAGAACCUUCGCCGUGCGCAGAAGGUGGCGAUAGCGACGAGGGCCCAGGAACUCGCCUUGGGGUACGGCUCCGCGACAGCUAUCAUCGACAUGCUCGGUUUCGUCGCCCCCGUGUUGGCUCUGGUCCCAACCGAUGGCAGUGUGGUGGAAGCGGCUGCUGGAAGUACCUCUAAGAACGCGGAGGGGACUAUUGGAAAUACUCCCGAGGACGAGGAAGGACUGAAGACCCCUGUUAUCAAGUUAAGGCCUGGUUUGGUGCUGAUCGAAGGCCUGAAGGGCAAGGACGGCAGACCGGUGGCCGUGUGCAUGGAAAACCUUUACGACGGCCCAGUCAGGUUCUACCCUGGGAUGUCACCUUACCAUCUCCUCUCUGUCCUCCUGGUGACCCUUGGGAUGACCUUCGUCAGUUCGGCCGUCCUCGCUCUGGCCGUGAGCUUCCCUUUCGAUGCAAGCGUGGCCACCAACUGCGGGGCGCUGGCGGGGGUCGGCGGCGCACUGCUCCUCCUCGCCGCCUGCGCAGGGUACCGUGUCCACAGCGCCUACGCGAAAGGGCGCAGCCAGCAGGGCAGAAGCUAAGGCAUGCAGUCAAGAGGCAGCAUUUGUAAUGACUGUCACGUUUCGACACUUUAGAGAACUGUGUUCUGUUAUAAUCAUAUUUCUGCGACGCAGAUGUGUACAUAAGUUAAUAUAAAAGUAAAUGUACGAUACACAUACAUACAUAUGUAUAUAUGCAUAUGUAUGUAUGCAUAUAAUAAU